AUGUGGAUUGGGGCUGUCAUCCAGGCUGUUCACCCUGGUGACCUGUACGACAUUGUUUACGUUGACACGGGUGCCUUGGAGUUGAACGUGGAGGCCGACGAGCUCCGACGUCGCUGUGUGCCGUGCCCACUAGGAAUGGAGCUCUGGGAGCUUUUGUGUAGUUUUGCCAGCAAUGGCACAGAGCUAUGUGCCCUCAGCCGGGUGGAACGUGCCGCGCGGGCUGCCGCUGAGCGAGAUGCCCAGGUAUUGUGGAGUAUCCUCUACCAUAGCAACUUCGGGCGCUGCGGAAGCCGCUGCGGCUUGGAGAGACCCGGACAGGCCGACCUGAUGCGGGCGCGGCCCGCUGCAGCCGCUUGCCGCGCCGUUUGUGCGGACCCGGCCCAAAGCCCGCUUCCCCGCCAGCGACUUCCCUGGAAGGAGAAGUAUGCGGAGCGCUUCGCGGACCUGCGCCGCGAGCGCCUGCAGCAGAAGCUCCUCCUUCCAGGCGCCCCCGUUGGCACCAAAGGCCGCAGCAGCCAGGACUUGGACGGCCGGCUCCGCUUCGGAAAGGACGCCCUUCGUGGCAGUGUUUACGACCCGAUGCUGGGGAAGAUGGUCUCUGAGGAUGGAGGUGAACAUGGCAAAGUCUUCAUCAGUCGGGGCCGGACGACAUUUGCCCACUAG